GGAAGAAAAAGAGAUAUGAAGGCGGUGGAAUGAAAAUGGAAGUAAGGUUUGAACUUUGAAGCAAGCAAUGCCCAAAUACAUACAUACAUAUCUCUCUGUCUCAUGUCUUCACUCUGGACUGGACCCACUUUCUUCCAACCAGCGGCGCCAUUAGUCUUUACUCUUCUUUCUUUCUCCCCCCAUUCUCUCAUUAUAUACCAAUAAUAAACAAUUCCAAACACCCUCUUCUCCUUUCUUUCACCUCAUUCUCUCUUAGUUCCCCCAAAUCCCCUCCCACUCUUUGGUCCCUACUACCCUCCCCUCUUUUUUUUAUUAUAACAAUUUACAUUUUACAACUCUUCUCCAAAUUCUAAACUUAUCCCCCACCAAUCAUACACUUGGGAUUGGAGCUAAAAUAAAAAAAUCUUUCAGAGAUAGAUAUUAAGAUAAGGUGGUAAAUCAAGAAAAUUUAAAAAAAAAAAAAAGAAAAGAAAAAGAUGAAAGGAGAAUAUGUAGAACACCACCACCCUCCAAAGAGUGAACCACCAAACAUGUUCUCAAAGCUUCACCACCAAUCACCACCACAUCAACAUCAGCAUCAGCAUCAACAUCAACAGCAUCCAUUUUCUCUUCAUAAUCCAUUCCAACACUUCUCAAGGGAUCAAUGCCAAGCUUCUGCGGCGCCGGAAGAAGAUAGCCAUGGUGGAGGCGGUGUAGGCGGCGCCGUCACUUCUCAGAAGCCGAACUCCUCCGGCGACGGAGCAACCAUAGAGGUUGUGAGGAGGCCAAGAGGCCGCCCGCCGGGCUCCAAGAACAAGCCCAAACCGCCAGUGAUCAUAACGCGUGAGCCCGAGCCCGCCAUGAGUCCGUACAUUCUAGAAGUUUCUAGCGGAAGCGACGUCGUUGAAGCGUUAGCCAGGUUCAGUCGAAGGAGGAACAUGGGGAUUUGCGUCCUUACUGGAUCCGGAACCGUUGCUAACGUCACUCUCCGUCAGCCCGGAGCAGCUCCCGGAGCCACCGUUACGUUUCACGGCCGAUUCGAUAUCUUAUCUGUUUCCGCCACGUUUCUUCCGCAGCCGUCGCCCGCGGUUCCUACUGCCUUCGCCAUCUCGCUAGCCGGACCGCAGGGGCAGAUCGUCGGAGGACACGUCGCCGGAGGACUUAUGGCUGCCGCCACGGUGUUUGUUGUGGCGGCUUCGUUCAACAAUCCUUCGUUUCAUAGGUUGCCGCCGGAGGAGGAUGCUCGGAACGAUGUUUCCGGCGGGGACGGUCAGUCUCCGGCGGUUUCUGGUGGCGGUGGUGAGAGCGGGCAUGGUCAGGCGGUGGAUUCGUGUGGGAUGUCGAUGUAUAGCGGCGUUCAUCACUUGCCGGCGGCAGCGUCUUCCGAUGUGAUAUGGACUCCGACGGCAAGGGCGCCACCGCCUCCUUAUUGAUCAUCAUCAUCAUGAGUUUGUUAAUCUCUGUGUCUUUGACUUCGUUUGUUUUGAUGCGUUUUAAUUUUGAUUUAGAUUAUAUUUAUUAGUUCUAAUGUUGAGUAUUAGCAUGUUCAUGUUGUGAACAGAAACAUUAGUAGUAGUGGUUAUUAUAACUGUUUAUUAUUACUAGUUAGUAGUUCCUCUUUUCCUUUGUUUUAUAUUUUGUUUAUGUUCCGAUGAUAAUUAUAUAAUAAUGUAUGAUUUAAUUAAAAGGAUUUUUGAGAAACCGAAGGCGUAAUAUUUGAUUAGUGGUAAUGAAGGAAGGGAGCUUUGAAGUUUGGGUCUGAAGAGAGUGAGUGAAGAGCGCACUGUGCGAGUUAUUGGAUGACGAUAACGCUGCUACUUCUGCUGUUGCUGUGAAUGAUGGAUGGGGUGGCUUGAGUUGA